AUGCAGGCUCACUUGUCUGCUAUUCAUGAUGAGAUGUGGGACGUGAUUACUGGCGGACCCAUCAAGAUAUUGCAAGUGAAGCCCAAUCGUAUUCCUACUGAUCCAACAUCACCAGAGAUGAUACCGAAGGAGAAAUCCUUGCUGACCACCGAAGAAAGAACCCAAGUGAAUCUAGACAACAUAGCCAAGGACAUACUUUACAAGGCUCUGGAUGAAUCAUUGUUUCCACGAGUGAGAAAAUGCAAGUCUGCCAAAGACAUCUGGGAUGUACUCAUGCAAAUAGGCGAAGGAGACGAACAAGAAAAGGAAAACAAGUUGACGAUUGCCAUGAAGAUGUUUGAGGAUUUCAAACUUGGACCGAAGGAAUCCAUAACUGACAUGGAGGCUCGGUUCAUGAAAUUGCUGAUGGACAUCAAUGAUCUUGACGAAGAAAAUCUAUCACAAAAGGAGAUCAAUCUGAAGAUUCUCCGAGGACUACCCAAAAGCUGA